AUGCUGCGAGUAUAUGCUAACCGUGCAGUUGCAUUAGUCUCGGUUCAUCCUUUGAAACCAGUAAUUAUGGAAUCCGAGUCAGUGGGAAAAUAUGAAGAAGCACUGAUCGCUGAACGAGAAGCUAUUCUCAGGCAGUUAGCUCUACUGGGCUCAGAUUCUGAAGACGAAGAAAAAGACGAAAAUGAGGAACAAUCGGAAGAACCACAAAAUGUGAAGACUGAACCAUGUGAAAUUGAGCCCACAACCUGUUCAGAAAGCGUUGAAGAUUUGAAUGCAGUAGGCCCACCAGAUGAAAAGAAAGUACUCGACUCAUGCCCUCAAGAAACCGAUUCGUUUGGAUUGGAUGAAGAUAACGAAGUAGACGUAGACGAAGAAGAGAAACCAUGUUCAGCAGAGCCGCCCAGUACCGGUACGAGCAGUGAAAAUAGUCGGUCACCCCCGGUUCCAGUAGAGAAAGUUGUACUAGACCGUGGUCCCGCCGACCGGAUAGAUUUGGAUAAGAACCAUCCCCUCCCAGAUGGAUGGACUGUUAUCACCCAUUUUAGUGGAAUGCCCGUCUACUACCAUAGAUUCACUCGAGUUGUCACUCAUUCAAGGCCAUAUCAGGUCGAAGGAAUUGUUCGAGAUCAUGACAUACCCCUUCCAUCAAUACCUUGUUUAUAUCGUCAAAUAAUGGACGAAAAACAAAAGAAUUUGGAAAAUCAAUCCGAAAUGACCGAGGAGGAAAUACAAGAAAAUCUUCAACUUCAUGAAUCUGAGAAAACAAUGUCCCCGGAAAGAUAUCGAUUGUAUUGUGAAGGGAGGUUCAAAUUUAAGAAGAUUACGAGCGCAUCGUUUCAGGUUCAUCGUUAUACAAACCCAGAAGAAAAACUAGGAGCCGUCCAGAAGAAACGGUUGAACUCGAUGCUGAAGAAAAAAGGAUUCGAACUGGAUUACGAUCAACUCAAAAAGAAUAACACCCCUGGAGAAGUUCUUCUGUCAUCUCAAUCAGGAGCCUGUCUCAUUGAUUUGACACCUGCCCAAGCUAAACUGGGUACCAAAAAAGGAGGACCAAGAAAACCUUACCUGCUAAAUCCUAUGGGUAAAACUACAGUAGCAGUACUGAAUGAAUUCGUUCAACGACUCGCAAAAGGAACACUAGUUUAUGAAGUGGAAGAUACUCGGAAUGUUUCGAACCCAUAUCAAGCUACGGCAAUGCUCACUAUGAGAAUAAGUACUCUACGUGAGCUAGUUGGACAAUGCAAGGAGAGUUUGCUUGUGCUGAGCGAGAAGGCCGAUUUGACAGGAAACUCUCAAGCGGCACUAGAUCCAGAAUUCAAACGUUUCUCAAUAGGAUGUGGUGUUGGUGCGAACAAAAAGACAGCUCGAUUGGUUGCUGCAAAAGACGCACUCACGAAAAUCAUUCCAAAGUUGAGAAUAUCAAAAGAACAUGUUUGUGAUGGAGUACUCGAAGAACGACUACAAAAAGGAUUUGAAGAAGAAGCUGCUGAACUUUUCAAACAAGUGAAAAUUGAUAGCUCGAGUGUUGUUUCGAUGUGCACCCGAUUCGCAAUUCCCAAACCUUUCAAUCUUUUGAGAGAUGCUGUAAGUCGAGCUGUUCGUUGGAACGGUAUGGAAUUAAAAACCAAAAAAGAGAUGGUCGGUAAUGGAUCUCAAUUGUCAAAGGUUGUUCUUGAAUUGGGAGAUAUGGAAGCUGGAGCUGAAGCUAUUGGAGUCAAACAAGCAACCCAAUUGGCAGCUCAACUUCUUCUCCAAAAAAUGCAUCCUGAACUGCCGACAUAUGGAAGUUUUUUGACAUUGUAUGGACGAUUCGAGGACAAAAAACAACUAGAUAACGCGAGAAGACAACAUGAAGAGGUGAGAUACGAUGUCGUCCGCCUCCAAGAUACUGGAAAUCUUCUCCAGCCAAAUACGAAUGUUCUCGACAAACUGGCAAAUGAAAUGAGAAAUAUUUCUCUAAUAUAUCCGCCUCGAAGAUAUCUUUAUGGCCUAGAACCACAAUCCAGUGGAAUUAAAACAAAAACAGAAACAGCAACAACUCAAACGGAUAUUAUUGAUUAUCAAUUCAUGAUUCAACCCCAUAUGGUUCCUGUUCAACCACCAUAUGGAUUACCCAUUCCUCCUCUCCUACAACCAUCAAUGAGUUCACCUGCUUUUGUAGGAGCACCUCCUCAAGAUUAUUACUAUUAUCAACAGCCCUUCCAAAAUCAACGAAAUCCUCGCAAACGCGGUCAUCCUACUACACCUCCAUAUCCCCAUCCCGGACCCCCACCUCCUCCAAAUGUUUGA